AUGCCUCUUAAUCUGGUCCGGCGUGGUGGAGGCGCCUUCCGAAGUGCUCUCGCUUGCCCCGUUCGCGUCGUUGUGCGGCAAAGCCACAUCAAGCGUCUUUCGUUCGUCGCGCAUCGUCCCCUACCCACAGCGGUCACUGCUGGUUUCCCUCGAUCAAGCUUGCUUGUUGGGGACCUGAUUCGAAGCUAUGCGACCAAAGGCGCCCCAAAAGGUAGCAACACGGAGGCAACGGCAAACAAGAAGCCCAAGAAGGCGACGAAGCCAGUGAAGAAGCCCGCGAAAAGGCGCAGAGUGUUGACCCCGGAGCAGAUUGAAAAGAAAGAGGCAAAGAAGAAGGCUGCGGAACACAGGCAGCUUGUGAGGAGUCUCAAGGAAACUGCCUUGCAGCCGCCAAAGCGGCUUCCAACCGUAGCAAGAGUGAUAGCCGUCGGCAGGAAGUAUGCAGAGGCACGGGCAGCCACUUCAGGCGGCGUGACUGAGGUCUUGAAGAAAGCUAUCGCACUUACGGACUCUAUGAGUGCCGAUGAGCGGGAGCAAUAUAAGAACCAGGCAGAGGCCAACAAGAUCGCGAAUGAAGCUGCUUACGAGGCAUGGAUCAAGUCUCAUACCCCUAAACAGAUCCAGGAAGCCAACCACGCUCGACGCAGACUGGGCCAACUCAACGUUACCAAAAGGGUCGUCCUGCUCAAAGAUGAUCGGUUGGUUAAGCGGCCAACAGGGCCAUACUUUUUCUUCAUUGCAGAUAAGAGGGAAGCUGGAAGUGGCAUCGGCAAGUCAGUGACGGAAGAGGCCUCACAUCUAGGAGAGGAAUGGAAAAAUCUGACCCAGGCGGAGAAGGAGAAAUACAUACAGUUGGCUAAAGCUGAUAGCGAGCGCUACGACCGAGAACAUCUGGAGACGUACGGCAUCCCGCCUCCUAGCUUAGCCACGUCCAAGUCAAAGAAGUAA